AUGUUUAUCCUCAAAUUACUGAGACAAAUUGCAAGAAUCAUCUCAACAAGUAACACUAAUACUUGUGAUAUCUCAAUACUCAAGUAUAAAAUGGUCUAGCCCUAAUAAAUCAGUUGUUAUAACAUCUAUUGUUGGAGUAGGAGACAUGGCGGAAGCGGAAAUAUUAGAACUUUUCGAGCUCCAUUAUUCGGAUCUGAAGCUCUUAGCUUCAUCAUCGUCGUCAUCAAAAGAAGACGUAGAGAGGCUGGAAACAAUAAGGGCAAAUAUAAUGGAAAGUCUGGGUCCGAGAGGCCCAGGUCUGCUCUCAGUCACCGGUGUCCCAAAGGCUCCUAUCCUGCGCAGAAACCUCCUCCCCCUCGGCCGCAACCUUGCCCUUCUCAACCGUGAUCAUCGCAAACGCAUUUUCAAGGAGCACAACUUGGGUAGUGAUGUUCCAUUGAAGAACCCAGAUAGAAAUGUGUCAUCUUCCGCUAUGCAACUUAGAUAUGAACAAGGCGGGGAAUUGGAUGAACUUUUGAGUUCAGACCAAGAUUUACCAGAUGAUGAAUUUAAGAAUCUUGGUAGUACUUUCAAGCAGCUAGGGUUUUGUAUGAUGGACCUAGGGCUCUGUCUGGCCCGAAUAUGUGAUAAGGCCAUUGGUGGCCAAGAGCUGGAGCAGAGUUUGCUGGAAUCGUGCACGGCAAAAGGGCGGCUUAUACAUUAUCAUUCAAUACUUGAUAGCAUUGUUUUGAAAAAAGCAGGGAGAAAAAGAGGAAGCUUGAGAAGACUGGCUAAUCGGAAAAAGGACCAGGUAGAAGACACUAAUGUGGAUUUAAACGGUAAUGAAGUUGGACCUUUUGGAAAUUCCAACCUAUGGCAGCAGUGGCAUUAUGAUUACGGUAUCUUCACUGUGUUGACAGAUCCCUUGUUUAUGUUGCCCUCUUGUUCACCGGAAAAUACAGAGGAAGAGCCAUACGCAUUGUCUUGUGAUCAAGAAAGCCCUUCUCCAAGUGGUCUUACAUAUUUACAAAUAUUUGAUCCCAGUAAGAGCAAGGUUCAGAUGGUUAAGUCCUCUCCUGAAAGUUUCAUCAUUCAGGUUGGAGAAUCAGCUAAUAUUUUAUCCAAAGGAAAGCUCCGCUCAACCCUUCAUUGUGUUUGUAGACCAGCAAAGUUUGAAAACUUAAGCAGGGAAACUUUUGUUGUUUUUUUGCAACCUGCAUGGAGCAAAACCUUCUCAAUGUCGGAUUAUUCUACAGACAACCUCAACUUAGAUGGUCAGCGCUCUGGAGUACCAGAUGAUAAAAAUUACAUUGCCAAUCAGGAUGGUAAUAGAUUCAUUGAAGAAAUUCAUAAAAUCAUUCCACCACUCUCAUUGAGAUUGAAAGAUGGGAUGACUUUUGCGGAGUUCUCACGUGAAACAACCAAGCAGUACUAUGGUGGUGGUGGUUUACAAUCUAAUAGAUGAAAUUACGCCUUGUUUUUCAAUAAUCUGUAUUGAUGCAAUUUUUGGUGAGGUUAUGACAUGUUUUUUAGUUAUCUGUGUUGAUGCAAAUUUUGGUAAUGUCAUGAAAUCAAUUCUCUGAUCAUAUUGCUUGUUAGAAUCUUUCAGUCAAUUAUUUUCAAGCAUCAACAUUUUGUCCUUAAUCGAAUAUUCUUCUUUUCUCUUCCCCGAAUAAUCUAUGAUUCAAUGUUAGAGAAAUUGCAUCAGACAGAUUUUUGGGGAAGCUAACAUCGAAUAUUGUUUGUUAAUGGAGCUUCUAAGCACUUGACUCUUAACUCUCAAAUAUGUAUUUGCUCUACCGUACAGUUCUCUAGCAUUUUUUGUUGGAUUGUUUAAAUUUUGAUUCCUGGGAUCUUGGUUCAGCAAAUUUUAACUCUACGAUAGUGUUGAACAAUCUAUGAUACAUUGGCUAGCAAACUCCAUUGGUCUUGGUCAUUGGUAUUGGCUUUGUUGGGCAUGAUAGCUUCCUUCAGUUCAAUAAUGUGAGUGCUAUCCUCAAACCUUGUAUUGGUUUUAGUUUUGAUUGACUGAUGCUGCAAAUUCUGGGUUGACUAUUGUGUGAAAUAGGUUUCAACAUCAGUGAGCUCUUGUGCCUUAGAAGAUUUCUCGCCGUAUCAUUGUGGACAGUAUGGGAUACAAUUUGUAAAAUUUGGCUUUCAACAUGCUAAGUUCUAGUUAAAGGCAAGCUUGUGCCGCAAUGCAGGAUAGAUUUUCAGUGGUCUACUGGCGGCUUUUGGGCAUCUUUCAUUGGGGUUGAUGAAAACACUCUGCAUAUUAGCACACUCUGCAUAUUGGCUCACUUUGUUGGGUAAAUUUCUACCUUCUCCAAAUACUGUUCUGACCAACAAAAUAUUCUCUAAGCCAAACUCAUGUAUAGACCAAAAGAAUGACUCUCAAACCAACACUGCUUCUUGGUUGAAGUUGCUAAUUGCCAUAGACCAAAAAGAAUGACCCAGCAAAGCUUUUGGCUACUGGGUUUGUAGUUACUGAUGUUUAAUCAAGGGCAAUCUGGACAAACACAAUAUAUACUUUGUUCAGGUUAUAAUGCUGCUUUGAAAAUUCUCA